AUGGCUUCUGCUGCUGCUCCUUUGAAGGAAGUUGUCACGGCCGCAAAGCGAAUACUCAUGUGCCGUCCUACUCACUUCCAGGUGACCUACUCUAUUAAUCCUUGGAUGGACAUGAAUCAAAAAGUGAACCGUCCCAAAGCUAUGCAACAAUGGGAAACGCUCAAGCAAACGCUAGAGAACUGUGGUGCUCAAGUGGACGUGAUGGAAGCUGAUGUAAGUAUUAUAGAACUCUAUAAAUUAGUAGUAGCAUUUUACGAAAGAUGACA